AUGUACACGAGACGAACGUUGGCCGCUUGGGAAUAUAUCUCCAAGCAAGGACUGUCAAAAAUGAAACAAAACCACAUCCACCUUGCACAAGGUCUUCCAGGGCAUAACGGCGUAAUAAGCGGUACACUCUCCCUCCCCUCCCUCUCUUUCACUCCUCCCCUUCUUUCUUUCUUUCUCUUCUUCCUCACAGCCAACUAA